AUGAACUACGAAAAGACAGCUGCAUUUCAAGUGAAGAUGCCUUUUUCUCACGAUGAACACAAUGUCCUUCCCAAAACGCCUGGGCUCUCUCCCACCGGUUCGAGCCCUUAUGACAUCGCGCAGCAAUGGACAACCCAGGUGGAUGCACAGUUGAGAAGCGACGCGCCCGAUCUCUCUUGUCUCCUUCACCAGGAUUCAUGGUGGCGAGACAUGCUUGCUUUUGACUGGGACUUGCACACGGUUCGAGGGCGUGAUAAGAUCCGUGACUAUAUUAUUAGCCACCAGCCCCGGGCUCAUGUCAAGAGGAUUACCCUGGUGAUCCUUCCGGGACAGGAACCUAUGGCAGAAAAGCCGCAGGAGGGCACGACUUGGGUGCGGGCCAUGUUCGAUUUCGAGACGUACUGCGGUAGCGGCUCCGGAGUGGUGUACCUUACCUGCCACGCUUCCGAGUGGAAAGCUUUCGUCGUUUACACUGCCCUACAGGAGAUUAGCGGGUUUGAAGCUCGUAUUGGACGUAAACGACCAGAGGGCACUGUCGAAUCGAUGCCCGGCGGAAUCGCGCAGGGGACGUGGGUAGAACGGCGACUUAAGCAGGUAGAGUUUGCCAAGGAAGAGCCUACUGUCCUCGUUUUGGGUGCCGGUCAGUCUGGUCUAAAUAUCAGCGCGCGCCUGCAGAGUAUGGGCAUCUCAUGCCUUGCCAUUGACCAGAACAAGCGCGUGGGCGACAGCUGGAGGAAUCGCUACCGGACUCUGGUAGCGCACGAUCACGUCAAUGUCACCCAUCUGGCCUAUCUCCCAUUUCCGAAAACCUGGCCCAAGUACUCCUCCAAGGACAAGCUGGCAGACUGGUUCGAAGCGUAUGCGACGAUCAUGGAGCUGAACAUCUGGCUGGAGUCCACUGUCCAGUCGGCGGAGUACGAUGAGGGCCAGCAGUGCUGGACAGUCACCAUCCGGCGUAAGGACCAGCAGCGCGUCGUCCGGCCCUCGCAUGUUAUCUGGUGUGGUGGCCAAUUUGGAGUCGAAAAGGUGCCCAGCCUGCCAACACUUUCUGUCUUUCGGGGAACCGUCUACCACAGCAAGUACCACCGAGAUGCGGGCCUAUUAUCUCCCAGCGGAAAGAAGGUGAUUGUCGUUGGGACCGGAAACAGUGGUCACGACAUCGCGCAAGACUUUCACGAGCAUGGAGCAGAAGUCACUUUGCUCCAGCGCGGAGGGACAUAUGUACUCGGGCAGGCAGGGCUCCCGCUGCUGCCAGAAAAUGCAUUCGUUGACGAUGAGUUGCUUCCUCUCGACGUCGUCGACCUGCUCUCCGAGAGCCUGCCGUGGCCAAUCGCCUUUGAACUCCUGCGCCAGAAUACAAGGGAAAUCCUGACGGCGGACCGGGAUUUGCUUGAUGGUCUCGAGAAGUCAGGGUUCCAGCUAGACUACGGACCCAAUAGGCAGGGAAUCAUCGGCCUCUAUGUAGAGCGAGGAGGCGGAUACUACAUUGACUUUGGCUGCAGCCAGCUAAUCAUCGACGGCAAGAUACGACUCCAGCAGUGCGCAAAGGGCAUCUUUGGAUUCGAUGAGCACCAUCUGCUGCUUGGAGAUGGGAGUCGUCUAGAAGCAGACAUUGUCGUUCUUGCGACGGGAUACCAUAGCUCCCUCGAGGCAGUUCGCAAGGUGCUCGGACCGGAAGUUGCAAGACGGUGCAACAAGCAGGUGUGGGGGCUGGACGCCGCCGGGGAGUUCAACACGGUCUGGCGGCCCAGUGGCCACCCUGGCUUGUGGUUCAUGGGGGGAAAUCUGGCUCAGUCGCGAGUCUAUUCCAGGUUUGUCGCCCUGCAGGUUGCUGCUACAAAUGCCGGUCUAGUUGGUCCUCGUAAGAUAGUCUAG